UCAUUCAGAAGUCAGUCAUCGUCAGUACAGAGCAGUGAAAGGAACAGACACGUUCCUGAUGUGACGGACAGCCAGUGCUCUUUAUUUAUUUGAUAUAUAACAUUUGUGUAUUAUGAGGUGUAGUCCGCUGGGUGUUAAGUGUAGAAAUAAACGCGGGAUUUGGUAGAAAGCGGGAGUGUUGGCCGUGUGUAGCCCCGGGAAUCGGUCAUUCAUAGCGGGGAGCUAAGCGACACACCGCCGAGGCUCUGCACGUUAGCAGCGGGCUAGUGGAGUUAGCCAGCCGGCCGGCCGGGUCUAGGCUCCUCUUCCGCGGAUAUAUAGAUAUAAAGGCCCGGAUUGUGUUUAAAAUCUUACAGAGUUCCGCUACAUUUCCUCUUACAGCGCUUCCCAACACACGGGUAGGCAGCUCUCCAGCCCUGCUGUAGCCUGGCAGCGCCGGGCUGGCAUGCUAGCCCGGGCUGCGGGCUGAGGAAGCCCAGGGUGGGAGAGCUAUUUUUGGGGCAGGAGUAUCCGAAUACAGCGGGGGUGAAUAAUCGAGCUCCUGCUAGAAUAAUCGACUCGACUCUGUUCAUUAAACUCAGUGAUAUUCGGGUUCUCACUCAACAUGGAUCUGAAUUUUUACUCGGACUUGACAGACGGAGCCGGUCAGCCCGGAGACCCAGAGUUUCUGGACCCGCAGGCCUUUAACGGAUUCGAUUCGGUUCAGAAGUUCCCAGGAGGAAAUGACAACUACUUGGCCAUCAGUGGAGAGGGCCAUCCUUUCCUAUCCUCCUCCGAGGUUGCUCUCCCAUCAUCCUACUCCCUUCAGAUCCAGACCUUCCACACCCCCAGCCUGGGCGAUGAGGAGUUUGAAAUCCCGCCCAUUUCGCUGGACCCUGACCCCGCCCUCAGCGUGUCCGAUGUCGUGUCGCACUUUGGAGAGCUGGGUGAUGGCGGCCCGUCCUCUAGCGUUCCUGGUAACGCUGUCGUCGAGGGCGAUGACCCCUCUUUUGCUUCAACUUUUGUAAACCCACCAUCCACAGCCUUGGAGCAGCUUACCCUGAUGAGCCAGCAGGGCGGGGGUCCCAUGCUGGGGUCUACACUGGGAAUGGAUCUUGGACAUCCUAUUGGCUCUCAGUUCAGCAGCUCUUCUCCCAUGACCAUCGAUGUUCCCCUAACGGACAUGAACCACGGCCUACUAGGACACAACCAGCUGACAACCAUUGACCAGUCAGAGCUUAGCGCACAGCUUGGUCUUAGUCUAGGGGGUGGGACUAUUCUUGCACGCUCACAGUCACCUGAUCAACUUUCAGCCAAUGGCUCGCCCUCCGACUCGCUUCAGGACGAUGAUAUGGACGACUUUAGAAGAAGCGUACUGGUGGACUCGCCUGUCUCUCUCUCCGUCUCGCCCGGCGUCAUCUCUCUGUCCCCUUCCCUCUCUGAGCAGCCUGCCACCUCAGUCACUGUGGAGCCACCCACACUGGCACGACGGGGUAUGGCUGGUGGAGGGGGAGGCGCCAAAAAGGGCAAAAAGAAAAAGGACCCCAACGAACCCCAGAAGCCGGUGUCCGCCUACGCCUUGUUUUUCCGAGACACACAGGCAGCCAUCAAGGGCCAGAACCCCAACGCCACGUUCGGUGAAGUGUCGAAGAUCGUAGCCUCCAUGUGGGACAGUCUGGGGGAGGAGCAGAAACAGGUUUACAAGAGGAAGACUGAAGCUGCUAAGAAGGAGUACCUUAAAGCCCUGGCAGCUUACAGAGCCAAUCAGCUUUCUCAGCCUACCAUUGAGGUGCUGGACACGCCCCCUUCUCCCCCAGCCAUGCCUGCCCCUGCGCCCACACCUGAGCUUCCUCCACCUGUACAGACUCCAGCUCGCUCCACGCGGAUCCCGGUGCAUGCCCCCGACAACAACACCAUCACCAACAUCUGCACGUCCAACAUCAUCAUCGACCUGCCACAGGUCACCACGCGCUCUCGCACGGGAGCCUACAAACCACCUGCCAUCUCUGCAGCCUUGACCCCCACUCCGACUCCGCCCACCGUCCCCAAGAUAAUCAUCCAGAAGCAGCCCAUGCAGACCGCUACCAUAGUAACUUCUUCAGCCCGCCAGCCCCCUCCCCUCCUGCAGAUGCAGAACACACCUCCUCCCCCACGUCUUCAGCAGAUGGUGCACUCCCCAGCCCCUCCCCCCCUCCAAGCUAAACCUCGUGGUGGAGGCGGAGCUGCACCACUUAUCACCAUCUCAACAGCGCCGCCACCGCCACUUCAGAUCAAGAUAGUUCCUGCCCCCGUGCAGACGGAUGUGGCCACACCCAUCAUUGUGGCGACAGCAGAGGCACCGGCAGUACCUGCCACCUCUACGGUGGCAGUGGAGGUGGCACAGCCCAAUGCCAUUGUGACUGCAGAAGGAGAGGAAGCGAUGGAGGUGGAGCUGAAUGGCUCUCCGGCAGAUGAGGUGGCUCCUCCCACAGGUCCUACAGUUUGUGUGCGGGCAGGCUGCAAUAACCCGCCAAUCGAGAGUAAAGACUGGGAUAGGGAAUACUGCAGCAACGAAUGUGUGGCCACGCACUGCAAGGACGUGUUCAUGGCCUGGUGCGUCAUCAGAGGACAGAACUCUACCACUGUUACCUAGAACCUGCUGCACCAACAUUACAGAUAGGCAGGGCUGGAGUUGGUGAGAGAGAGUGUGUAUGGAUUGCAUGUAUAUAGACUAUAUAAGUGGUUCAGUCCUCACCGCUUUCAUCAGUGCUCAUUAAAUCAAAUGGACGGGAUUUGGUGCAACACCUUCAAAGGUUUGAUCUUGUCUAAAUUAAGAGCCUAUCAGUACAUCAUGAAAUCAAAUCAUCAUGAACUCUACAGGUACAUGAAGUUCCAAAACCUGCCAACCAGCAUUUGGUUUUGUUGCUCUAUUUUUUAAAUCCCUGCAGAUGUGCACCAGAAGCUGUGUGUAAAGGCAGCUGAAGAGGAGCCACGGUCCUUAAAUCUUCAUAUGUUUAUGAAUAUCUGGAAUAAACGAAAAUGACACCUUUAACAUUUUGGAAAAUGGGUAAAGGGGAUUUAAGGGUACAAAAUAAAAACUGUAAUGUAAUGUAACAUAAGUACAUAUUCAAAAAUGUGAAAUUUAUCAAUGGCUAGUAAUUUCUCAGUUUUCUCCCUAAUCAUGUGCAAAUUUUUUUUAGCAUCUAGAGUUUGGGAUGGCUUAAAAACAGAUGAUGAUAAAGCAAAAGUUUGGCAAAAAAAUUUAAAUGACUACGAUUGACCUCUGGCCGCAGAUACAGUGAGUAAGCCAAGACAUAGUUGGUGUGUGACGUGUGCUUCUUUAGUCCAAUCCAGGCUUAUUAUAAUGGGUUGCUCCUCUGAUCCUUUGUUUUUAGAUCUCCUUCUGGUGCCCUCUAUAUGCUAUUGACGGGCGUUAUUCCCAGCCUGCAGCGGUGAGGGGUGUUCUCUGAAGAUAACGGGAUAAGUCUGCAUUGUGGCACUGUUUUAUAGUGGAACAUGAGAUAUUUAUAAUUUUUUUCCAGAGAUAAAACUAUAGUGGAAAUACUCUGACCUGCAGAAUGACUAUAAUAGGGUCAUCUUUUAAAAAAUCAUGGGGCAGCUACUACUGUAGUCACAUUGCUUUUGUCACGUCUCGUGGAAGCUAAAGAAGAACCCUGCACUAACCUGUGGGAUAUGUGGGCGGAGCCUCUUGCAUUAAAUAUGGGAGUGAUACAUCCAGGUGUUUAGAACAGAACCAUAAACUGGUACUACUUUAAUUUUCAGCACAGUGUGGGAUAUCACUCCGCCCACAACAUUCCAAGUCUACCCAUAAAUAGAUACUUUAAAUUGGUCAAGUAACGUUUAAUUUCUGGAAAUUUGUGAUCUGAGUUUAUAGAGCUGAAGAAUG